AUGGAUAAUAUGGCUAAAUAUUUAUUUCUUCUAACUAUUGUAACUGUUGGUGCGCUCGCGUCGCAUGAAACGUUGAAGAGUAUAACGUAUAGCUUCUUGAAGGUGCUGGAGGAAUGUAAACAGGAGUUAAGUCUCACAGACAACAUUCUAGUGGACUUAUACCACUUCUGGAAGGAAGAUGCGGCUCUAAUAAAGCGUGAUACAGGUUGUGCUAUCGCGUGCAUGAGUAAGAAGUUAGACCUGGUAGAUCCCAGUGGCAAACUGCACCAUGGCAAUGCGCAGGAGUUCGCUUUGAAACAUGGCGCAGAUGAAGAAGUAGCCAAAAAACUGGUGACUAUGGUACAUGAAUGUGAGAAACAGCACGAAGUCCAUGAUGAUUUGUGUCUUCGAGCACUAGAAAUAGCGAAAUGCUUUAAAGGCGGUAUUCAUGAAUUGAACUGGGCGCCUAAAAUGGAAGUUAUGGUCGGAGAGGUACUAACUGAGGUGUGACCGUCUGCGUAAUAAUCUUUGAUCUAUAACUAUGUGUAUUUGUAUAGGUAUUUUUAUGUGUGUCGAAUAUUGA